AUGUUGAAAACGGUUCUGUAUCCCAAAAACUACGAUUCAGUUUCGGGAUGGAUUCCCGAUGUCGGUGGCGGAGAAGUUUUAAAAGAACCGGUCAGAACUGUAGCAAAUGACGCAGACCUUGCUCGGAUAAGGGUAGUUGCUAGAAACACACUGGAAAGAGUGACUCGCGGAGUAAAUCAAGGAUUUGAAAAACGAGCGCUUCAAUACAACAAUGUUGUUGAGAAAAACAGAUGGGGUAAUUAUGUUAAUUGGAAGUUGUAUCCUUUAUUUGGUCUCUUGGAACACAGAAAGGUUUCCAUAGGUUUACCGUAUAAAAUUCAUUUGCAAAGAGAAAUCAACGACAACAAGAUAUUCUUUGGUGAAAACAACUCUGAUGCAAAAUUGGAAAUAACGAAUAUCCAACUUUACAUACCGGUAAUCACUCCUUCCGUAGAAGUGGAAACGAGAAUAUUCAACUCUUUAACCAAAGACAUCGAAAUUGCUUUUCUUCGUCGUAACACGCUGCUCUCCUCGGGAGUAGGAGAUAUAUUAGGGACGGUUAAAGAAUUCGGACAAAGAUUUGGCGAAGAAACCAAGAAAACCGUUAAAGAGGGAUUAAGCAAAUUAAUAGAUAAAAUCGACACCGGAGAAAUGAAGUCUAUAAAUCACGGAAUGGAUAGAGAUACAUUUAAAAAGGUUUGUAAAGCUCAAUGGAGAAACCCAGAUGAUCAUGGAUAUGUAUUUGUAAAUACUAGAAAACCUGCGGGAGAAAGAGUUAUGAUCGAUAUAUGUUAA